UUUGAACCGCCUCACUCGUCUACCUUAACAUUGAGAUUGGUGUGGUUAUUAACAGUCGCCUCGAGUUAGUUGAACAGCAAGGAUCGUCAAGCGGGAAAUUGGCAUCAAACUAAAACCGAAACGCACCUCACAAAUAAAAAAGGACAGUUGGUCACAAUUAACCGGUUCCUUAGCUUUUUUGGCCCAUUCUUGUUGUUCACUGAGAUAGUUUUGUGGUCAAAGGAAAAUCCCCAAUCGCGUUAUUGAACUUGAAAUUUACCACCUUGGAAUAUGAAUCAACGACACAGUUACCUAGGAGGCUGGUCACUGGCAUGGCGUUUCCUACUGCUACUCAUCAAUGUCUUGCCAAUUACUCAGGCUAUUCAGAACUUGAAUAGGACACAAACGAGUGCCAAACCCAAUAUUGUCAUUGUACUCAUAGAUGAUAUGGGCUUUAACGAUGUAAGUUUUCACGGCUCAAAUCAAUUUCUUACACCUAACAUUGAUGCUUUGGCCUAUAAUGGUAUCAUUUUGAAUAAGCACUAUGUGCCAAAUUUAUGUACACCUUCGCGGGCAACACUCUUAACUGGAAAAUAUCCCAUACAUACAGGCAUGCAACAUUUUGUAAUUAUCAAUGAUGAACCAUGGGGUCUACCUCUGGAGGAGCGUCUUAUGCCGGAAAUAUUUCGCGAUGCUGGCUAUUCCACCAAUCUGGUGGGCAAAUGGCAUUUGGGAUUUUAUGAAAAAGAAAUGACACCUACAUUCCGAGGCUUCGAUCAUCAUUACGGCUAUUAUUCCGGCUAUAUCAGCUACUAUGAUCAUACUAAUAAAAUGGCCAACAAUUUUACGGGUAUGGAUUUUCGUGAUGACUUAAGACCAAUGCCUGAAGUGAAUGGCAUCUAUGCCACAGAUUUGUUUACCGAAGAGAGUGUAAGGAUAAUCAAAGAUCAUGAUGCUAGCACACCUUUGUUCCUUAUGUUAAGUCACUUGGCUGUACACACAGGAAAUGAGGAUAAUCCCAUGGAAUUUCCACCAGAGGAAUUGGAAAAUUUUGAUCAUAUAAAGGAUCCCAAACGAAGGGCAUAUGCAGCCAUGGUUUCCCGUCUAGAUCAGAGUGUUGGAGAAACUAUCGCAGCCCUUUCGGAGAAAGGCAUUCUGAAUAACACCAUAAUUUUGCUAUAUUCCGAUAAUGGAGCCCCCACUGUAGGCAUUCAUUCAAAUGCUGGAUCUAAUCAUCCUUUUAGAGGGCAAAAAGAAUCCCCCUGGGAAGGUGGCAUACGUUCAGCUGGCUUAAUCUGGAGUCCCCUAUUGCAGCAACAAAGCUAUGUUUCCAAUCAGAUGGCCCAUGCCAUUGAUUGGCUACCCACAUUGGCGGCUGCAGCGGAUGUUAAAUUGCCCUAUGAUCUUCAAAUCGAUGGUGUAAAUCUUUGGCCCUCUUUAAACCAGGGUUCAGAUCCACAACCCAGACGUUUGCUACAUGUUUUCGACGAUGUUUUUGGCUAUAGCUCCUAUACACGAGGAAAUUUAAAAUAUGUCAAUGGCUCUUCAUUUGAUGGUCAAUACGAUAGCUGGCUGGGCGAUAUCGCAUUUGAAGAAAGCGAUCCCAUGGCAAAUUUCUAUGAACAGCAUGUGUUGUCGUCACAAGUUCACAAGACUUUGGGUAAUCCCAAAUUAAGUAUUGAGCAAAUUCAAAGACUCAGAGCAGAAUCUACUCACAAAUGUCCUUUUAAUGCCGAGGACUUCACUCAGGAUAUUUACAAAUGUGAACCUCUUAGGGCUCCCUGCUUUUUCAACAUAGACAAGGAUCCCUGUGAACGUUAUAAUCUGGCGAAUUUAUAUCCUUUGCAAAUUCAAUUUCUGGCUCAGGAAGUAGAAGAAUAUCGAAUGACAGCAAGGCCUUCUGUUCGUAUAGCCCAUGGAGAUCCUUUGUCAAAUCCUCAACGCUUUGGUGGAGUUUGGCAAUGGUGGCAGAAUACUGAGAUGGCUGGGUUUAGAGGGGCUGGUGCAACGCCCAAGGCAAUUGGCCUAAGUGUGCUUUUAUGUUUGUUUUGUGUUAUUGCAGUUUAUGUUAAGAAAACUUUUAAUUAAAAUUCAUUACAUAUUAGAUAAAGUCAAA